AUGGCGUCGAAGCUGGACAUCAUCGUCUUGGGUGCCACAGGCUUUACUGGGCGGCUCACGUGCCGCUACCUCGCGCGUAAGGAGGAACUGAAGGAGCGCUGGGGUAUCGCUGGUCGCAGCGCGGCCAAGCUGGCGGCUCUCAAGGCAGAGCUGGGCAUCGAUGUGCCCACGUUUGUGGUGGACGCCGACCAGCCAACGACUGUGGAUGCAGCCUGUGCGCAGGCGGAAUGCAUUAUCUCGUGCAUGGGCCCCUACAUGCUAGUCGGCAUGCCUGUUGUCGACGCGUGCGUGCGCAAUGGCACCCACUACAUUGACUGCACCGGCGAAAUCCCGUUUGUGCGCCGCGCGAUCGCCGCGUACCACGAGACAGCGGUUAAGAAGGGUGUUGCGAUUGUGCCAUGCUGCGGCUUUGACUGCGUACCGGCCGACCUCGGCAACUACGUCGUUCACCAGGAGGCUGAGGAACCGGUGAAGGUGGUGUGUGGCUACUUUGGAGGCAAUCCUGCUGGUGUGUCGAACGGCACGAUGAACACGGUAGCGUGCGUGGUCUCCAAUAUGACGAAGGAAGACAUGAGCCCGUUGGCGUUGGUGUCGAAGUCGGACGUGCAGCCCACGCACACGCCCACGCAGCACGGCGUGUGGUACGAAAACGGACGCUUCACCGGCCUGUCCAUCACUGCCUCGUGCGAUGAGAGACUCGUGCGCCGCAGCAACAGUCUCAUGGGCUCCUCGGCCGUGUACAUGGAGGCCAUGCAGGGCUCUUUUGCUCGUGUGCUGCGCGUCACACUCACUACCUACGUUGCGUCUAUCGCGGUGAUGGUUGCUCCGCUUCGCCGCUGGAUGAUCCGCAAGUAUUUCACGGGCACCAGUAUUGGCCCAUCCGACGACGCCAUGGCCAAAUCCAACUUUCGCUGCGACUUUGUGGGCAAGACAGCGUCUGGCAAGCGCGUGAAGACGACCAUGGCGGCUAAGGAAGAUGCCUACACCGCCACGGCGCUGUUCCUUGGUGAGUGUGCCAUGAGUGCGCUGAAGUUGGCGCGAAAGAACUCGCUCAAGGGCGGUGUUCUGACGCCAGCCUACGCCUUUGGCGAUGAGCUGGUGCACCGCUGCCGUGAUGCCGGGAUCAGUAUCAACACAGUGAUUGUCGGGGACACAGCAGAGCCGAAGAAAGAGAAGUAA